GUACUCGCCUCUCAAGAAAAGUUUUUGGAGGCGCAGGCAAAGAAGCAAAGCUCUUCGAUCGAGGAGGAACACCCCUCGUCGCUCUGGCUGCUGGCAUCGCGAUAUCCGAACUUGCAAGGUGAGUAUAGAAAGCAGGAGACACGGCGGGAAAGAAACGAGCCCGUUUGGCGUCAAGUUGGAGGAGAAGGAUGGAUCUUCAGCACAAGCAAGGGCCGAUGGUUUGUGACCGACUCCGAGAACGGAAUCGAGAAAAACGGUGGCGUGAUGGCAUCCGUGUCUCCGCAUAAGGGCUGCCCGCCAAACAAAAUGGAGCAGUGGCAGUUCUUUUUCGACAGUUCAUGGCAGCCCGACUCGGCGAUUCGCAUCACGGACAAGCAGGCUGAGGCGCAAGAGCACCGGUUGUGUCUUGCUCAAGCUCAGUUACGGUAG